GUUCUACAAAUAAAUGAUAAAUGUCGUGUUGUUCAUACGGGCGAGCGUAUGCGAACCAAAAUUCAAUCAUCAACUUUAUCCACUUCAGAGCGCAUGGAAGACGCGCAUGCAUCAGAACGAGAUGGAGAGCGAGCAAAUCAACAGCAAGAGCAGCAGCAGCAACAACAACAACAACAUUAACAUCAACGUAACGGAAAAUGGAAAAAUAAUAAUCGCUUAGCGUAGCCUGGUGUUUCUGCUGUUGUGUGGUGAUUCCUUUUACCGAGCGAGGAUUUCGGUUGCAUGCGCAAAACACAGCUCGUAUUUGUUUUUCUCUCUCGCUCUCGGCACAGCUGAAACAUUUCGAUGCCAUCCCCAUCAGAACCGUUGGAGUGAGCGGGCUAACGAGCGAAUCGCACAGUAGCAACAUACACAUCAAUACACUCAAACAACAUACAGGGAUAUUUGUCCUGAUUUUCCAACAGCAUUCUAUCAGUGUAAGAAAAUGUUUCAAGCAGUUUGUAAAACAAAACUGACCUGUGUACAUAGAAAAAGCACAGUUUAAUACAACAGCUUCUUAAUGAAAUUUAGUUUUGUAGUUAAAAAAAACAACAACCCAGUUUAAAAUAAACAAAACGAAAAUUUGCCAAAGCAGCAGAUGAAGAAAAAACUAUCUACUUUAUAUGUUCGCCAAAUAUAGUGUUUUCCUUUUCGAAAUUUAGACGUAGAUACUGUUGUAUGCAAUGCAGCUCCAAACAACUUUUAUUGUGUAUGAAUAUGUUGCGUUUUUUUUUCGGGAGCCUCCGUUCUGUCAGUUUCUAUAAUUGCAUAAAUAUUGUGCGUAGUGAACAGUAAAAUAGCCUAUCAAGAAUUAUCUACACUUGUACACCAUUCAUAUAUGUACUGUUGACUCUUGCAGAAGAUUUUUUUCUCGCUCGUUGCUUGGAUGAAUCGCAUGACUGAACUGAGUUCAAAUUACCAUCAUCAAUCAAAUGCUUGACCAAUUGUGGUCAGCAUGUUUGAUUCUUUCAAGUGCUUAAAUUUUUGUUUCGCUUUGCACAAGUAAAGGUUCUUCGGUGAACAUGUGCGGCGAUAUAUAGAGAAAAAAAACGCUCAUUAAUUGAUGUGCAUUUCAAUCGAAUAAUAAUUUUUCUACCGUGUUCACCGACAUCAAAUGAAAAACCAAUUCCAUCACAUCUUUGAUAUGUACAGUGUUGCAUGUACGCAAAUCUUCAACAUGGAUUGGAUAAAUAAAAUCUACGUUUGGUUCAAUUAUCGCUGAACUGUGAAAAUUCAUCGAAUUUUUUUUGGUGGCUUCGUGUCGCUCACACAACGAAACAGCCACAAUAACAAACCAAAACAGAAAAACAUCGUGGAAGAGAAACAAAUCUGAUGUGAGCCGAGACACAAAAUCAACAACAAAAACAAAGAAGAAGGAGAGAAAAGAAAAAAGUUUUACGUGUGUCCAUUGACAACAUAAUACCUUAAUUUUGGCUAAUAAACUGGUGCAUGAUUAGCAGCAAUUUUAGUGUUGAAACGAAAUCAAGAAACAUAAGUGACAUAAAAGCGACGAGAAAAAAAACAACAUUGAUUUGGACAUUGGCUUUUUGGUUAAACAUAGAGAGGUUUGCAUACGAACGUGGACAACAGCAACAGCAACAGCAACAGCAACAGCAACAAAAAUAUCAUGUUUAAUGCAGACACACGAGCAACAUACACUGUGGGAACAAUUUUGAACUGAACUCGUUUUUACCAUGAUAUUCAUCGUUGGACUUAAUAAUCACAAUAAUCUUGCUAUGGAGAGCACAACUAUCUUGGGAGCGAUUUUGGGACUCGUUGCAUUGAUGUUGGUAUUUUUACUUUAUGUUAAUCGCAGAUGGUGUUUUCACACAACACCAGCAUUCGCUUGCUGUGACGAAAACUCAUUACCAUCAAAAUAUGUUCAUAAAAUGGCACGCAAACGUCCGUACGAAGGGUAUACCAGUUCAGAUUCAGAAGAGGAGCUUUUACGUCGUUUGCAAAUGCAACAGUCGAGUAGUCUUCACAGUGGCCAAUUGUCGAAAUACGGUGCUGGACCGCUUAAUGAGAAUUUAAGUAGUUUAAAGCACAUCACCAUUGCAACGCACAGAGAACGAUUUAAUGAUCCGUUAGGGGUGGCCGAACGCGGUAAGGUCGGUCUACCGUCAAGCAGUGAAUGCAGUUCAAAUAGUUCAGCCGAUGCAUCGGUCGAAAGUAAUAUGGGUAUUUUGCAUGGCGAACGAAAAGAUCGCCGACUGAUUAUGUCAGAUGCAGCAAAGUCAUUUGAUUCGAAUUCAUCGUCAACGACAUUAAAGGAAACUAGAAUAGAUAAUCGUAUCGAAUGUAGCAAUAGUUUACCAUCAAAGAAAUUCCAUAAAAUGGCAGUGCAACGACAGGAUAGCAUAGACAAGGCGCAAAAUAUUAGUAAUAAUAACCAAGAUUGCAUUGUCGUUUUAUCACAGGAACCACUUUUUGAUACGAGCGAUUUAGCAUCGCUUAAAUCGGAUAUCGAUUCAAAUCGUCCACAGUCACCAUCAUCCACGACGGGACGAUACGGGAGCGUGGAAAUAUCACUCUUGUAUGAUGCACCAAUGCGAAAGAUGACCGUGCAUGUUCUGCAAGCACGUGGCAUCCCGUGCCGAGAUAAAGGUCAACCCACACAUACACAAGUACGUCUUCUUAUGUUACCGAGUAAAAAACAGAAACAUAAAACAAAAAUACGCACAGGAGAAAAUCCACAAUUUAUGGAAAGCUUUCUACUGCAUCGUGUCAAUCCAGAAGAAGUCAAUUCGAUGGGUUUACGUGUCAGAGUCUAUGGCUGUGAACGAAUGCGACGAGAACGUUUAAUUGGCGAAUCGAUAGUUAGUUUUGCAACAAUUGAUCUCGAACUGGAGACGAAUCUGUGGUUACCAUUGGAGCCUAGAGCCAAUGCAACGUUAAGUGGCUCGACAAGCGAUUUGCUAAGUUUAGCUCGGUCGGAUAGUACCGGUUCGACGACUUCCAUGCAACACGGUGGCGUACCUGAGCUUUUACUAGCACUCGCUUACAACGGUACAACGGGUCGUCUCACAGCUGAAAUAGUGAAAGGAUCUCAUUUUCGGAACGUAGCCCUGAACAAAGCGCCCGAUACGUACGUGAAACUGGUGUUGGUCAGUAGCAUGGGUCAAGAAAUGGCCAAAGCAAAAACAUCCACAAGAAGAGGUCAACCGAAUCCACUGUUUAAAGAAUCUUUUGCAUUCCAAGUAGCAUUAUUUCAAUUAAACGAUGUAACACUUAUGGUGUCCAUUUAUGCCAAACGAAAUAUGAAAAAGAAUGAAAUGGUUGGUUGGUUUAGUCUGGGAUUGAAUUCAUCGGGUCCAGAGGAGAUGGCCCAUUGGGUUGAUAUGCGAAAAGCGACACGCGGCGAACUGUUGGCACGAUGGCAUGUGCUAGUUGAUUCCUGAUUUCAAUAACUAGGACUCUCACCUCGGCGCCUCAGCAUGAAUCUCGGCGGCAAUUCCGAGCACUCGAAGCAAAAA